AGUCUAAUUCAUAAUCUGUAAAGUACAGUUUUUGUUUGUAUCAAAUGACAACUUUAUCUAAACUGUAGCCUGUAUAACUUUAAGUUUUGUUCAUCUGCAAAAGAAACUUUAUCAACAAGCGUUAUCAGUAGUAGAAAAUUUAAGUUUGGGAUUUCUGCAACAUCAGUGUGCACACAUCGUUUUUAUAUAUAUAUAAAUUUGUGUUGUGAUUUAGUUUUCAUUUUUGACAAAAUGGAAGUUACCACUACUCAGAUGGAAUUUGAUCAAAAGGUAAAUGAGUUGAUUACAUCAGAACAGGAGAGGGAUCAUUUGUUUGAUGCUUUAAAGAAAUACCAAACGUCGUCUGAUGUUAUCAAACUUGUGAGUGAUCUGAAGCGACUUAUCAACGAGCCAACAAAAUUAGAGAUUUAUGAUACAAUAAGACCUUUGAUACGUCCCCAGCACCAACAACAAUAUGAUAAACUGGCUCCGAAUUCUCCCGGUCAAAAGUUACGGGUGAUCAAGCUACGUAGACGGACAUCAGAAAGUUUUGGAUUUGCUGUGAGAGGAGGGUUUGAACAUGGUGUUGGAAUAUUUGUGUCACAUGUGGAGCCCGGCUCACAGGCAGAGAUGAGAGGGCUCAAGAUGGGGGAUGAGAUUGUGAGGGUGAAUGGAUUUACCAUCGGUCAAGCCAUUCAUGAGGAGGUGCUUAACUUGAUAAAGGGGCGGGACGAAAUAGAACUGAAAGUCACAAAUAUCGGGAUGGUGCCCAUUAAACAAAAGCCAAGUGAUCCAGUGACAUGGCAGUAUGUAGACAAACCAGGAUCUAACAAAUCUCAGGCAAUAAAGUCCUCUGGCUCUGAAAAUGAAAGCGUAGUGAAGAUUUUUAUCAACCUUCAUGGUGCCCCAAGUCUCGGAUGCAGCAUCAUUAGUGGACCGACUCACUUUCCGGGGAUUUUUAUCGAGUCUGUGCGGCCAGGAAGUCUAGGUGAGGACUACAAUCUUGAAGUUGGGGAUCAGAUUAUGGAAGUGAACGGGAAAAGUUUUGAGAAAAUCAAACACAAAGAGGCCAUUGUAGAGCUGAAAGGUAGCAAAGAACUCAACAUGAUUAUCAAGAAAUCUGUGGGUUUACCAUUACUUAACCUGAAGAAGAAGAAUGUGGAAGGUAGUCCAGUUCCUGUAAGGAAAGAGACAAGUAACGAGCAGGAACCCAUACAGCUGGAGGACAGUGGAGAAGUUAUUUGUGAAAUACUGGAGGAAGAUUUGUACGCCAAGGUUGAGAAGAAACAUUGGGCUGAGGAACAAGAAAAAUUAAGGAAAGAAAAAGCUGAAGAGGCUGUGAGAGAACAGCUUCGUCAACAGAAGAAACUGGAGGAGGAGCAACAGGAGAGGGAGGAGCAAGAGAGAAGGUGGGAGGAGCAAGAGAGAAGGAGGCGGGAGGAAGAAGAAAGAAUGAGAGAAGAGGAACAUAUGCGUGAAUUAGAGGAGCUUAGAAUACAAGAAGAGGAAAAACAUAGGGCUGAACAGAGAAAGAAUGAGGAAAAAAGAAAGAAAGAAGAGGCUGUAAGAAAACAAAAGGAGUUGGAAGAAAGGAAAAGACAAGAAAUUGCUGCAAAGAAACAACAGGUUCCCAUGGCAAAGAAACGCCGAGAGAAAGAAAAAGAUUUUUAUCGUCAAGUUCAGUAUCAUAAAAACCAGCUAUCUGAUGACAGUUUAGAAAAUUAUUUAACAUUGAGCCAAAGUGAUUCAAAAGAUAGUGAACUGAAUUUAGUGUCAGCAGUAUUGGCAGGCAGAUCCGGACCGUCAAACUCCAUGAAACCAACACUUCUAGGUGCUGCACCUGGUGCUCAGACAUCAUUUGGCAGUAGCGGGAACACCAAAGAGGUUGAAGUGAUACUGGAGGAUGGCACCCCACUAGACAUAGAAUUAGAGGGAGGAACUGGCUCCCCUCUGGGAGGGAAAAUUGUCAUAUGCGAGGUUUACCCUGGAGGUUCUGUUGAUAAAUCGGGUGGUAUAAGGAGGGGAGACCAGAUUGUUGAAGUGAAUGGUAUAAGUUUUCAGGAUAUAAGUCUGACUGAGGCCAAUGAGAAAAUAUGGCAGGUAGAACAAGAGUGUCUUCCUGGGGAUGGAAUCAAGUUUGUAGUUAUCGAGUCAGGUUUGAAUGAUGAUGAUGAAACUACCUUCUUCUAACUUGGAUCAUUUGGACCUGGAUAAAGUCAGUAUUUACUCGGAACAGUACAGCAUCUAUUCAAACACCAGUGUGCCUAUUACUUAUAUACACUAAUCUGUACUUGUGUUUUUGUGAUUUCCAAUCAAUUAAUCAAUCAUCAGAAGUGACAGUAUUCAGUGUCAAGAAAUUUCUUAAA